UUUGACGGAGCGUGCCGCCACCGGUCCACGGCGAUUGGAGCCGCCCCCGGUGCUGGUGCCACGCUGUUUGCCGGCACAGUGAAUAAGUGGACUUUUGCUCGCUACCUGGAUAGCACGACGCACACUAACAACACGGCAGAAUACAUCGCGCUCAUAUCAGGACUGACUGGGGCCUUGCAUCACGGUGUCCGCCGUCUCACGGUGAAAGGUGAUAGCACACUCAUACUGGAGCAGGUACGCGGACGCUACGCUUGCAACAACGCGCGCCUACGGCAGCUGCGCAACCAGGCGCGUCGCCUCCUACGCCGCCUUGACUACUAUGAGCUGGUACAUGUAGAUCGACUAGAGAACCGAGACGCCGACAGACUGGCGAACCGAGCUCUCGAU